UGUCCUCCGCAUCAGGACUGCUUGGUGCGACCAUACCACAGACACCUUCAACGGUGGAUCCCACGCAAGUGAGGGGCGCGUGCCCUCAGCGCUCUGCUGGACUGGGGACUCAGCCUCAGACAGAGCACUUCUUCUGUCCGUGGCCUACUGAGGAUAAUAGAGGGAGCGCUCUCACACACAUACACCUCCGAGACGCCGAUGGUUUUCCACUAGAGGAGCACUCUUGAGGAGUGGCAUUCUUGAUUCUUCAUGCAGUCAUGGAUCUGGAGAAACCAUCUGUCUGGGGGUCAUUAAAACAGCGGACCAGACCAUUGUUAAGCAACCUGAGCAAGAAGAAAGUUAAAAAGACCCCAAGCAAACCCUUGGACUUAAGGGUGAGGCACCACCUGGACCGGCGUCUCAGCCUCUCGGUGCCUGACCUCCUUGAAGCAGAAGCCUUGGACCCUGAGGGCCGGCCCUACUCGGGACCUCAGUCAUCCUACACCUCGGUACCCAACAGCCUGUCCACGGCAGGCAUUGUCCCCAAGAGCAGCAGCAGCUCCCUAAAGCAAUCUGAGGAGGAACUGGACUGGAGCCAGGAGGAAGCAAGCCAUGUACUUGGGGUGGACACCGACUCAGAGGACAUCUAUGCCUCUUUUGCGGAGGAGCGGCAGGCAUCCAGCCAGAGUGGCCUGGAUCCGCACAAACAUCCCCUUGGAGAGGAUGCUCCGGAAGAGCCAGAGAACUCACAUGGCAAUGACGAUCUUAAUGCUUCUAUGACAUCUCAUCAUUUUGAAGAAGAAUCUACUCUUGGAGAAGCCGGGGAUUGCCUGAGCCACCUCCCCAGCCCCUUCGCAUACCUCCUUACCAUACACCUGAAGGAAGGCCGCAACCUCGUGGUCCGGGAUCGCUGCGGCACGAGUGACCCAUAUGUAAAAUUUAAGUUGAAUGGGAAGACGCUGUACAAAAGCAAAGUCAUAUAUAAGAACUUGAACCCUAUUUGGGAUGAGAUAGUUGUGUUGCCAAUACAAAGCCUUGAUCAAAAGCUUCGUGUGAAGGUGUACGAUCGAGACUUAACCACGUCUGACUUCAUGGGUUCUGCCUUUGUCGUUCUCAGGGACCUUGAACUUAACAGGACUACUGAACAUGUUUUAAAACUGGAAGAUCCGAACAGUUUGGAAGAUGACAUGGGAGUGAUUGUGUUAAAUCUGAACCUAAUUGUAAAACAGGGCGAUUUCAAGAGGCACCGUUGGUCAAAUCGGAAGCGGUUAAGUGCCAGCAAGUCCUCUUUGAUCCGCAACCUUCGGCUCUCAGAGUCCCUGAGAAAAAACCAACUCUGGAAUGGGGUUAUAAGUAUAACGCUGUUGGAAGGGAAGAAUGUCUCAGGAGGGAAUAUGACAGAGAUGUUUGUUCAGUUAAAACUGGGAGACCAGAGAUACAAAAGCAAGACACUGUGUAAGAGUGCAAACCCGCAAUGGCAGGAACAGUUUGACUUUCACUACUUCUCUGACAGGAUGGGCAUUUUGGACAUUGAAGUGUGGGGAAAGGACAGGAAAAAGCACGAGGAGCGACUGGGCACGUGUAAAGUGGAUAUUUCAGGCCUCCCGCUGAAGCAAGACAACUGCUUGGAGCUGCCUCUGGACAGCUGCCUGGGGGCUCUCCUCAUGCUGAUCACCCUGACUCCCUGUACCGGAGUCUCCAUCUCUGACCUCUGUGUCUGCCCCUUGGAGGAUCCCAGGGAGCGGAAGCAGAUUUCCCAGCGAUACGCCUUACAGAACUCACUGAGAGACGUGAAAGACGUUGGCCUUCUACAGGUGAAGGUUCUGAAGGCAGUGGACCUCUUGGCAGCCGAUUUCUCAGGGAAGAGUGAUCCUUUCUGCCUGCUGGAGUUGGGCAACGACCGACUUCAGACACACACCAUUUACAAAACCCUCAAUCCUGAGUGGAACAAAGUUUUCACAUUCCCUAUUAAGGAUAUCCACGAUGUUUUGGAAGUGACGGUGUUUGAUGAGGAUGGAGAUAAAGCCCCGGAUUUUCUCGGAAAAGUGGCCAUCCCCUUGCUAUCUAUUAGAGAUGGACAACCAAACUGUUACGUGUUGAAGAAUAAAGAUUUGGAACAGGCUUUUAAAGGGCUUAUUUACUUAGAGAUGGACAUCAUAUAUAAUCCAGUCAAAGCAAGUAUCAGGACCUUCGCUCCAAGAGAGAAGCGCUUUGUGGAAGACAGCCGCAAGCUGUCCAAAAAGAUCUUAUCAAGAGAUGCAGACAGGGUGAAAAGACUCACGAUGGCAGUAUGGAAUACCAUACAGUUCUUCAAAAGCUGCUUCCAGUGGGAGUCCACGCUGAGAAGUACAAUAGCGUUUGUGGUGUUUUUGGUCACUGUCUGGAAUUUUGAACUCUACAUGAUCCCUCUGGCAUUGUUGCUGAUCUUUCUGUACAACUUCCUCAGACCCAUGAAAGGGAAGGCCAGCAGCACACAGGACAGCCAGGAGAGCACGGACGUAGAGGAGGAAGAGGAGGAGGAGAAGGAAUCUGAGAAAAAGGGAUUAAUUGAGAGAAUCUAUAUGGUACAGGAUAUUGUUUCCACUGUCCAGAACAUCUUGGAGGAAGUCGCUUCCUUCGGAGAAAGGAUUAAGAACAUGUUUAACUGGACGGUGCCCUUCCUUUCCCUGCUGGCCUGUUUGAUUCUGGCCAUAGCCACGGUGGCUUUGUAUUUCAUCCCUCUGCGGUAUAUCGUUCUGCUCUGGGGCAUAAACAAAUUUACUAAGAAGCUUCGAAAUCCUUAUUCCAUCGACAAUAAUGAGCUGCUCGACUUUCUCUCCAGGGUGCCCUCGGACGUUCAAAAGGUGCAGUAUGCAGAGCUGAAGCUCUGUGGCGGACACAGCCCAUUUCGGAAGAAGCGGAGUACCGUCUAGGGCUCACGCUGACUGAGGACCCCAGGCUCUCGCGUGUAGCUGAUCAGACCUCCGUUCGGAUUGCUCCAGUGGUAUGGAGGUGCCCAGAAAUGGGUGCUCUGUGCAACUCUCUCAUCAUCCCCUACUCUCUUCACAUCUACAGAUGCACACACACCUGCACAUAUGUCCCCAUGCAUGGGUAUCCUGAUGCCUACACAGUCAGCUCAACAAAAGUCACCAAGUCUAAGACUGUGAGAGUCUCUCAUCCAUUUGUAGGAAGGACAUAAAACAAGGUGUCCACAUAGCUGAACACUGUCCAUGAGAGCAAACAGGAGACUCACCUGAUUCUAGGAUGAUGCUGAACUUAUUUUAAUACCGUCAGCAUAUUUUCACUAAGAUACAGUAAUUUCCAUCUGGAGCUGGUGGCUCACAAUCACAGCAAUGAGGAGGCCAAGGCAGGACAGCCGCAAGCUCUGUGCCAGUCCAAGAGUUGUAACAUUCCAGUCUCUGCUCUGUUACAAAGCUCUGUCAUAAAAUACGGCAAUCCACAGAGGUGCGGUUCUUUCCGGUCUCAAUCCCCCACACUUGUUUCAGAUUAUUUUGCCACUGUUUAUCUAUCCAGAUGAUGUGCAUUAGAAAAUGAACAUUUAGUGAUCUCUAGAAGUAACACAAAUAUUUUGGAAUCAGCUAUGAUUACUCAAGACAUGGUCAUGAUUUUGAUGACCCUUCAGUAUUGGAUGCCAGCCUGGAUGGCAUUUCAGCUGUUGUUGGCAAGGGGUAUCACCGAUGGUCCCAAUGAAGAAUAAGGAUUUAAUGAUAAUAUUUUGUUGCUGUGAAAAUGCCAUUUCCUCCAACUUCACUUUUUGCUUAUUACCAAAACCAGAUGUCAAUAUGCAUCCUUACAGAGAUGAUGCGGGUUGGGGGAGACUAAUUAGUAAAUUCAGGAAGUACUUAGGAAUAUGAACAUAGGAAGGGACUUACUUAGAGACUCUUGGUGAAAUACAGUCAUUUCAGUUACCCGAUGUUUUAAGCAGAUAGUUAACAUGCUUUUGGCUGUCUGAAUUUGUCUUUUGUUUUUCUAAGGACCAAAAUAAGAUAAAGACAAUACAAUUUCAUUUCAAAGCCCUGUUCAUACAAAACAACCACCAAAAAGUCCUCUGUAAAUAGCAUGCGUAUGAGUCCCGAGCUCCUAACAACUCCACAGCACACCCUGCUAAUUUGAAAACUAUUAAUUUUGUGCAUGUAGAAAAUGUAUACAGUUAUUAUUGUGUUAAAAUUAUAUAUAAGCUUUAAAAUCUGUAUUUCCUUGACACAUACUUGCUAUGUGUAGGUUUGUAUAUAUAUAUACAGAUAUAUAUUAUAAAGAGAAGUUGAAGUGAAAAGAUGGAAUUUACUUAUGUUUACUUCUUUCUUUGUUUGUUUCUGCAUUGUAACUUAAUAAUCUUCUAACAAAAUGUUUUAUGAAAAAUGCCAAAGAUUCUAAACUUUAUCAUCUCACGUCUGUUUUUCUUCAUAUUCUUCUUCCUGGUUUCUUUGUGGCAGAGCUCAAUUCCUGCAUGAUUUGAUUUACUUCGAGUUAAUGAAGCUGGCUGGAAAAGAGCCUUGAAGAGAUUCUAAAAGCCCCAGUAAAUCUGUUAGUUGUACAUACAAUAGCUACUCGAGAAUGUCUUUGUCUAACCAGUUACUCAAUCUUCUGUGUAAACAAUACCGCAUUGUCUUGUUCCUGUCAUCCAGUUUAACAUAGUCUGUCAUUUAGUAAUGACCCAAGGCAGACAUCUUUAAGCCGACGUGUGAGAUCUGAUCAGUCAUUGGAAUGAAAACUUUUGGGAGCAAAAUAACCCAUUAUUUAUUUAAACGUAGAUCCCAUCCUUCAAGCCUGUUCUUUUGCUUUAGAAUUUCUAAAUGAAAUAAUUUACCAGACAAGAAGGUAUCAUUAGUGAGAAUUCUUUUCUCUCUAGCCCAAAUAGAACUCACAGCAUUAAAUUUAGGACACAAAUGCCAGCUGGUGUUUGGGAGCAUGACAGGGCCAACUUCUCCUAAACUCUCUACUGAAGACAAUCACUAGUUGAUUAAAUUGACAUUGCAUGUGAGAAAAUGAGUGUCUUUUGGAAGUGAAAUGUUAAGAUUUAUAUAAUUAUUAUAGUUGUACAGGUCUAAUCCUUGAAGACUCUGUCUUAGCCCAGGAUCUCAGAAAAUGAUAAAUACUAUAAUUUAAUUCUUUAUUCCAUCUUGAGGAAGCACCUGUCACA